ACCAGUUGGUUAAUCUGCAAGCUUCAUGCAGUCUCAAAGUGGGGGUGCUUUAUGUUAAAUAUCUCAUUCAGCUUGUCUGUGUAAAGCUGACAGUCCUGAUAAAAACACUGUGAACUAUAAACUUUCUCGAGGUGUAACGUAGAAGACAAGAAGAGGAGUUCCUUUCCAGCAUCUACAUCCAGGACUCAUAGCCAAAGUCCAGCUCAUCUCUCCCAGGUCUCAAAAUGUCCAUUGACCCGGCGGCCGAGCUGCCUUUUUUCUACGGCAGCAUCAGCCGCUCCGACGCAGAGCAGCACCUGAAGCUGGCCGGGAUGUCCGACGGGCUCUUCUUGUUGCGACAGUGUCUCCGAAGUCUGGGAGGCUACGUCCUGUCUGUCGUGUGGAACCUUGAUUUCCACCAUUACUCCGUAGAGAAACAGCUUAAUGGGACUUAUUGCAUCACAGGAGGGAAGCAUCACUGUGGGCCUGCAGAGCUCUGUGAGUUUUACAGCAAAGACCCUGAUGGACUGGUGUGCCCCCUGAAGAAACCCUGUCUGCGCUCCCCAGAAACACCCAUACGGCCCGGCGUGUUUGACAACCUGAGAGAAAACAUGCUGAGGGAGUACGUGAAGCAGACCUGGAACCUGGAGGGAGAAGCCAUGGAGCAGGCCAUCAUCAGUCAAGCUCCUCAGUUGGAGAAACUGAUCGCCACCACGGCCCACGAGAAGAUGUCUUGGUAUCACGGUAAAAUCACCCGUCAUGAAGGCGAGAGGCGGCUCUACUCUGGAGCACAACCAGACGGCAAGUUUCUGGUGAGAGACAGAGAGGAGUCUGGAACUUUUGCUCUCUCUAUGAUGUACGGGAAAACAGUGUACCACUAUCAGAUCCUUCAAGACAAAUCAGGGAAAUACUCCAUGCCAGAUGGAACAAAGUUUGACACAAUCUGGCAGCUGGUUGAGUAUCUGAAGAUGAAACCUGACGGCCUGGUGACUGUUCUCAGGGAGCCGUGUGUUAACGGCAAAGCUGCUGAAAAGACACCCAGUCUUCCUGCCACAAGGCGGACCGGCGCAAAUGGAUACACACCGCCACCUCGAGCGGUUGGAGGGAUGUCCAAGCCGGUUACCACUAUCCCUGAAGACCGUGACAUUUUGCCUAUGGACUGCAAUGGAUUCAACCCGUACCACAACCCGAAUGAUGUGAAGAGGUUCAACAUCCAGAGGAGUCAGCUGCUGAUGGAUGAAGUGGAGCUCGGCUCUGGGAACUUUGGUUGCGUCAAGAAAGGAGUCCUGAAGUGUGAUUCAGGUCAGAUCGAUGUGGCCGUCAAAGUGCUGAAGAGUGAAAAUGAGAAGCUGGUGAAGGAGGAGAUGAUGAGGGAGGCAGAGAUCAUGCACCAGCUGAGUAACCCCUUCAUUGUUCGCAUGUUGGGUCUGUGCAACGCUGAGAACUUGAUGCUGGUCAUGGAGAUGGCUUCUGCCGGACCACUCAACAAAUUCCUCUCCACCAAUAAGGAUACUGUAAGUGUGGAGAACAUUGUCAACCUGAUGCACCAGGUGUCGAUGGGAAUGAAGUAUCUGGAAGAGAAGAACUUUGUGCACAGAGACUUAGCAGCACGUAACGUACUGCUGGUCAACCAGCAGUUUGCCAAAAUCAGUGAUUUCGGGCUUUCUAAGGCCCUCGGAGCCGAUGACAACUAUUACAAGGCUCGUACUGCAGGUAAAUGGCCACUGAAGUGGUACGCUCCAGAAUGUAUAAACUUCCACAAAUUCUCCAGUAAAAGUGACGUGUGGAGUUUUGGUAUCACCAUGUGGGAGGCCUUUUCAUACGGAGGGAAACCUUACAAGAAAAUGAAAGGACCAGAGGUUAUGCGCUUCAUUGAAAGUGGAAACCGCAUGGAGUGUCCAUCAGUAUGUCCAGAGCGAAUGUAUGCAGUGAUGAAUGAUUGCUGGACGUACAAGCAUGAGGAUCGUCCUGACUUUAAGAAGGUUGAGGAGUCCAUGAGGUCUUACCAUUACUCCAUAUCGAACAAGGCCAAGCCUGAGGGAGCUGCAGCCGCCGCCGAGCCUGUCAAGUAGACAGAAACAAGGCACAUUCUGUCCCAGUGUUGCACAAAGCAUCCUUUCAACUGGCUAUUAAACAACCAAAACAAAGAGCUUUUUAUUAACGGUGCACACUGAGCAGCUUCGACUACAGUACCAAUGCAGCUAAACAGGCCUCAGUGACAAUAAAUGUGCAUUUGUAAAUUGGACUUCAGUGUGUAAACUAUGUAAGGAGGACCUCUGUCUGUCUGUCUGUCAUGGUUUGAAUGUUAAGUGGUGACGUCUUUACAUUGAUGAACAAACUAAUUUUAUAUUCUGGUAUUUUGAGGCCAUUUUUUCUGUAUCUGCCACCACCUAAGAGUAGAUUAUUGUUUUGUUUUGUUUUUAUUCCAAAUAAAAUAUAAGUAGAAAUAAAGUGAUAGAACUGUACACAUUCACGUUUCAACAUUCCUGUAAAGUCUGUGAGAUUUAAGAAAAAAAUAACCAGUGUAUAAAGUGAAGGUGACUUAUUUCUAUUUUCUGGUUUUAAAUCUUUAUGAAAAUUAUAAGUUCAUAAUCAUAUAGGCCUACUACAUGGACUAUUUGAGUAAAAACUAUACACUGUGUAUAACUGAUCUAUUUAUUACUCUCAUUGCUGACCCACCCCCAGAGGGAUGGCUAACAUGUGCCAUAAAAAUCUGUAACUUUAUUUAGCAUGUAGCAGAAAAAUAUACAGAAUAACAUCCUAGAAACAUAAAAUGUGCAGAGCACAGCAUCUGUCGAGCAGUGGAAAAAUUGUGUAAAAGCCAAAAACUCUUUGACACUUUAAAUAUUCUCACAAAAUAGAGGUGUAAGGGAAAUAACUGGCAGUUUUCUAAAUGUUAGAGAGAAAUAUGUACUUUGUGAAUAAAUAAUUUGUAUAAAUAAAAAAGUAGUUUAAAUAGAGUGUGGGUGUUGAAAUACAUAUGAAGUGAAAGAGCUGUGUCUCAGUGAUUCAAACAUGAUGUGUUGUGGUUUAUUAUGACUGUGUUGUAAAAUAAAUGAGGUUUGGCAGGCUGACCCCUGCCCUUUAGUGACA